AUGCCUGCAGAACAGCAAUUUUUGCCUUUGCGGUUACAGCAGGGUCUCUGCGAUAACGAACCAACGUCCGCAACCUGGGAAGAUGAAAUGGCCCCAAACCAGCAGCGAGGGCUCUACGAUGCCAUUUUCGAAAAGCUAGUACGCAGCGAAUUCUCACAGAAAUCUUUCCUCCCUCAGGAUGACUUCGAAACGCUCAUCACCGAAAAUACCAUCAAAGAAGAAUUGGACAAGGUUUUCGGGACAUUGGACUCGUCGCUUGCCAAGUACAUCGCAAAAAAGGCACCGAGAACCUUCGCCACUCUGGUCAUUCAGGACAAAGUCCUCAAGGCUAUGAACCUUGAGAAAUCGAAGUUCAACGAUGAUUAUCUUCCUAUUGCUAAUGAAGACUCGGUGCUUACUUCGCUCAACGGCUUAUCUAGAGAUGGAUACGCCUGGAAAUGGUUCAACAGCUGGAGGACGCAAGAGAAAAACGACUUCUGCGAGAAGCAAUGGACAUUUCUGUCACCGAUCUUCGAGAGCAAUAGCAUGAUGGAAGUCUUACAUAGAGACUGCCGUUUACCCUUCAUCACAUGUGAUUCGAAACGUGAAGGAGGCAGUUUCAGUUUCGUACACAAAGCUACCAUACACCAUGCUCAUCACAAGAUUAGUUCAGCAAACCUCGUCAUUGCAAUCAAAGAGCUACGCGAUACAGCAGUGGGGGCCGAUCAGAGAGAACUCGCUGCCCUGGACCUUGCGCGGCAGUUGCAACAUCCACAUAUAGUAAAGUUCGUCGGCGGUUUCAGGCAAGGUCCCACAAGUCACUUGCUCUUUAAGUGGGCAGACGGAGGUAACCUUCGAUCGUACUGGAACAACAAGAAGAACUGGUCUCGGAACGCAGAUCUUAUAAGCUGGACGAUCGAGCAGAUAACAGGUCUCUUCUCAGCACUUGAAAAGUGGCACGAUCUGAAGCUAUCUAGCACCCCAUUGAACGGUCGACACGGAGAUCUGAAGCCGGAGAACAUUCUUAGGUCUUUAGAAGCGCAAGACAGCCGACGGGGGAUCUUUCAGAUCGCCGACCUAGGAUUGGCCAAGAUACAUUCGCUUCCAACACACGCCCGAAACAACCCAUCGUCAACUCUGGAUGGAACCGCCAGAUACAAGCCACCUGAGGUCAAGGCAAAGAUCUCUAGGUCCUACGACAUAUGGAGCAUGGGUUGCAUCACCCUGGAGUGGAUAAUAUGGUUGGUCUAUGGUAUUGAUGAGCUCAAAGCCUUUCACGACCAAGCCUGUCCCGAGGAUCAUGACCCGUUCUGGUCGCGAGAUAGCGAUGAUCAUCCCACUCAUCCAGUAGUGAUUUCCUGGAUGAAAUACAUGGCUGACACAUGUCUGGUAGAUGGAGAGCAAUGCUACAGCGUUGCUCUGCGUGAACUUCUCAUUUUCGUGAGAGACAGACUGCUAGUGCCAGAUCCAGUAGAUCAUGACACAACCGACUCAACCCAACAGUCCAACGAGGACAGCGGCUUAUCCAUAUUGAUCACGACUACCCCGGAUGCCAAGUCGGUUACGUCUUUUUCAGGCAGGGCGAAGUGCAAUGAAUCAUGCAUGAAGCUCAGAAAGAUCAGCUCGACUCCGAAUGACGGCCGGAACUACAUGUAUAACCCGAAAGUCAACAUGAGUGGCCCGAACGGUCGGGGUCCAUCAAAACCCACACCGAGCAAAUUACAGGUGCCUUCUCCGAUAUCCAGCUCUCGUCAAGAGGUGAAUGGUCCCCUCGACAACCGAUGA